AUGACGUCUGACGAGGUGUAUACGGCUGAGCUCUCGUUGACGGGGACGCCUACAAAGACGGUUACACUGGCACCUGAGAGAGCGACCGUCGUUCGUGAAAUUGCAGACGUGUCGAUCAAGGCCGGCCCUAACAAGAUCACCAUCGUGGGAUUUGAUGCCAAUAUCGACUUUGACUCACUUCGUGUCACCGGCCACGGUCCCGCGACCAUCACUGAUAUCCAGACCGUAGUGGCCUACCGUGAUGAACUAUUCGAGGACGUUUAUCCGUCCGAUGGAGACGAGAGUGAUGACGAGGCCAUCGAAUCUGAAGACCCAGACGAUGAUUUCGGUGUCGAUAGAUCAGAGUUGGAUGGAGUUAUUGCUGAGAUCAAGGAAUUGAAUAACAAGAUUGCCUUCCUUGAAAAUGAAAAAGUCACAUCUACCCAGUCCCUGGCAUUCCUCGACACCUACGGCCAGAGCAUGGCAGCCAAGGAUGUUGAUGUGAACGAGGUGGCAGAAUACAUUCACAUGUAUCAGAAGGAACGCACAGGGCUUCGGGAUACCUUUGAGAAGGCCCAGACAGAGAUAACUAGCUUGACGAAGGAACGAGAAAAGCUAGAGCGAAAGGAACAGCGUCUCACGGACAAGUUUGACGAGGCCAGAUACCGGGCUGCAAAGCCAGCGCGCAAGGAAAGGGAGGCAAAGCGGAAGGCCAGGCAGCUUAAACAAAAAAAGAAAGAAGAGCCACGCGCUGAACUCCGGAAGUUUUGGUCCCCCCUGGUUGGCCGUGUCAUCCUUCACCUCGACGGACUUGGUGAUGAAAGCACAAAUGCAAGCCGCCGAGACUCGGUCAUGUCAGCUAAGAAGCCAGCGCUAGAUGAGACCAUUACCCUAUCGCUAACAUACGUCACUGCGGGUGCCCGUUGGACGCCACGCUACGAUCUGAUGCUUCAUACCCCCACGUCCUCUGGGAAGUUGAUUUACCGAGCCGAAUACUAUAACAGGAGCUUUGAGACCUGGAAAGAUACAGCCGUUAUCCUCUCGACAUCCCAAACGAGCUUCUCUGGUGUUGACGAGAACAUCCCUUCCCUUUUGCCAUGGAACAUUAAGCUUCGUAAACAUGAAGCGCAGGCGGAGGUCGCAAUGGAUAAGCUGGCAUCAUUGAAAAUGAGCCACUGGAACGGUGCAUACAAGGCCAGUGCAGAAGCUACUCCGGAAUGGAAGGUUAGACAGCAGAACAGGCAAAGAAUAGCCCAUCCGGAGAUGUUAAGCCAAGGGGGGCUAUUCGGAGCAUCCGUAGGAACAGGGGGCGGAAAUACACAACAAUCAGCGAUAAACGUUCAAGCGCACGAUUCUAUGCCGCAAGGGCUAGGGUUUGGCUCGGUGCAGCAAGAAUAUACGACACCGCUGCCUCCCCCUCCUCCCCCCGGUGCAUAUGAAGGCGAAGGUUCCGGGUCCGAUGAGGACGACGAUGGUUUGGAAGAUGACGCAUCGACUAUCUAUGGCUCACCAAAUGUACUUGCGUUCAAGCAAUCAUCUCGGCAUGACUAUGGGCUUACCACAACCUACAACGUCCCCGGAUCGCGUACGCUGCAGCCCUCCUCGCACGUCAGGCGCCAUAUCAUCGCGGAGAUAGAACUCUCCUCCAUUACCUUCUCACACGUCAUCAUUCCGAAAUUGAAGCAGGCAGCGUUCCUUAGAGGAAGGGUCGUGAACACGUCCAACACCCCUCUCCUUCGAGGCAAGGCUGGUCUAACGAUCGAUGAUGCAUUCCUUGGAAAGGCGACUAUCCCGAACUGCAACCCAGGGGUUCCCUUCAACCUUAAUCUAGGAGUCGACCCAGCAAUACAGGUGACAUACUCGAAACCGAAAAUCAGGCGAGCAACGACAGGCUACUUCAACAAAGAAGACUGCGCAAUCUUUACCCGUGUAUGCCGGAUUAACAACACAAAGUCCUCACCGGUAUCGCUAGUGGUCUUCGACCAGGUACCGGUGAGCGAAGAUGAAAGGGUGCGCAUCCGCCUGAUCGAGCCAAAGGGACUUGAUAAGGAGGGAGAUUCUGCUAGGGUAGGAGCGGAUAUUUGCAUUGAUCCCAAGAAAUCCAAGGACUGGGCAUCAACAUAUCAACUCCGCCAUCCACGACGAGCCCAGCACCAGCGACGAGCCAUUGCACUGCGCCUCUACUCCCCAGCAGCUCUCGAGUGUCCCUUUGCAUCUGCUGGGAUGGCUUCAAAACUCCUUCCCUUCAGCCUCCGGCAGGCCGGCCGACAGUGCCUCCCACAGUUCUCGUCCCGGCAAUGUCGAACAUUCACAACCGCAUCACCUCUCAUGAGCGAUGUCCUCCACGUUCACCGAAACACUCCCGCCAACAACCCUACCAUCCCCUUCAAAUUCUCCCAGGAAAACCUCACCGUUAUCGAUGAGAUCCUUAAACGCUAUCCCCCCCAAUAUAAGAAGGCUGCGGUUAUGCCGCUACUGGAUCUUGGGCAGCGCCAGCAUGGAUACACCAGCAUCAGCGUGAUGAACGAGGUUGCGCGCAUGCUGGAGAUGCCACCCAUGCGAGUAUACGAGGUGGCCACCUUUUAUACCAUGUACAAUCGCGAACCAGUCGGGAAAUACUUUGUUCAAAUAUGUACCACCACACCCUGCCAACUCGGUGGCUGCGGAAGUGAUAAGAUUGUCAAGGCCAUAACGGAACAUCUCGGCGUAUCAUCCCACGGCGCAACUACCCCAGACAAGAUCUUCACCGUCCUCGAAGUCGAAUGCCUCGGCGCCUGCGUGAACGCGCCAAUGGUCCAAAUCAAUGACGAUUACUACGAAGAUCUCACUCCCGAAUCAACAGUGCAGCUACUCGAUGCCCUCAAGGCCAGUGCCUUGGCUGCGGAGAAAGGCACACAAUCCACGGUCAAGGUCCCACCACCAGGUCCGUUAAGCGGCAGAGAUACUUGUGAGAACAGCGCCGGUUUGACAAAUUUGACUGAGCCUCUAUGGGGAAAUGAAACGUUAAGGAAAGAUGGAGAAUUGUAA